CUAAAUCCUGUUGUUGUCCAAAUAAAUGACUCCAGUCACAUCAUUGUUAGCGAUCUGACCUUCAUCAACAGUCCCUGGUUUACUGUGGCGCCUUAUCGUUCUGAGUACGUCACAAUUGAUCACGUCACAGUUAAGAAUCCCAGUAACGCCCCCAACACUGAUGGCAUUCACCCUGAAGCCUGUCACCAUGUGGUGAUCAGCAACUGUUUUGUCAGCACUGGAGAUGACGGCAUUGUCAUAACAUCGGAAACGGACAAAAAUACAAAUGCCAAAUACUCCUCGGAGAACAUAACAGUCAAUCAUUGCACUGUACAUUCAGGACAUGGAGGAAUCGUCAUUGGAAGUGCUAUAUCUGGCGACGUUCGUGACAUUCACGCACACAACCUUCACUUUGAAGGCACCCUGAGGGGAGUGCGCCUCAAGUCGACUCGUGAUCAUGGCGGAAUAGUGGAAAACAUUUACAUUAAAGACAUUACAAUGAAAAAUAUUUCUGAUGAGGGAAUAACUAUCAGUGCUUUUUAUGAUGUUAAAAACUUUGAUCCACACAACAUUCCAAGCAAAACUUUUGACGUUUCUAAAACGCCAACUUUUAGAAAUAUUCAUUUGACAAAUGUUACAGGCGAUUCUAAACUAGGAUUGCAAAUUGUUGGUCUACCUGAAAAACAUUUUGACAAAAUUGAACUAAAACAAGUGCACUUAGUUGCUAAAAAAGAAGAAAUAAUUGUCAACGCCGAUCAUGUGUUAAAAGAAAACUUUAUUUAUAAAAUUGAUAAACAUCUUCAUGACAAUUAA